GAAAGCUGAUUUUGCUCACCUUUUUGACGUCGCACUCAGUCGGCUUCAACGACUUGCGCCCUCGUCGCUUGUCGACUGACCGGAAGUGUGCUGGACUAGUCAGACAAUGCGUCAUGAGAGCACGAGCAGCGUCCAUGGCGACCUGGAUGGGGGCAGCUCCUCGGGAGCAACUUCUCACGACGAGACCGCGAGGAGCUCGCCGCAGCGAAUGCAGCAAUCACUAGGUCCGUCCGUUCAGUGGAAUGCGACAUACGAUGAGGAGCAUUUGUUGCAUUCGCACGAGGCCUCGGAGGAAGAUUUCUAUCCUGAAUGGGUCAAGACCCAGACCUCACCUCCGGACGCCCAACCGCCUGCGGUCAAUCUGCGUGGCCCUGGUCCCUCUAGCUUCGGAAGCAGUCAAGGGUCACUCAACAUAAGCCCGUCAGAGUACGACCGCUUGGGACUGACCUUUGACGACACUUUGGGAUCAGGCCAGACUGGACAAGGACAAUCAGACUUCCUCCCGCAGGAUGACUUUAGCGGUCCUUCAGGCUGGCCCUCCGCUGAGGAGACGUCGGCGCUCUUUGCGUCUCUGGAACAGGCAAAUCCGCCGUCCUUGCCUUUCUCACACUCCCAAGGCGCUGCCGAUCCAGCAUGGGCCGUCUCGCAGCCUGGCAUGGACCUUGACUGGGAUGCUCUACCUGCUGAUCCACUCUCGCUGGCGAUUUGGCGAUCUAAUUCACGCGAAGAUAUGCUGGCGCUGAUGGGCGGCGGGACGCAGAGGUUAGAGCAGCUACCAGAGCAUACCAGCGCUGACUUCAGCCCGUCAAUCAAUCUGAUCUCGCCAUCUUCAUCAACAAUGAAUUUACCGACUGUGAGAUCAGCUCGACGGCCAUCGCAAGAUUCACUGGGCUCUCGCAGACAAAGCCAGCAUCUACGAGGGGCGUCCAGUGCUGGGUCCAUCGUCUCACCUGGCCGACAACCUGCCUCAACGAGGCGAUCCUUUGACACCGGCCAUCCAUAUCCUUCCACGCGGCUUCGCAAUGAGCCGUCGAUGCGGUCUAUCAGCGGCAGCAGUAGCAGUGGCAGCUCAAAGGGGACCAGGUCGAGGGCAAUGACAUCCCAAUCCAGUCGGGAUAGCUUUCAUGCCACGUCGUUCAUGUCUCGCCUCGAAUCUUCAGAGGGACAGAAGUCUCAACCAGGCGGCGAACUCCCAUCCAGUAUGGUGGCCCACUUUCAGUCGCUCGGGCUCGACCUGACUCAGCUAUCAAGCAGUCUCCCAGACGUCUCUUCGGGCCAUCAUCGAGCAACCCAGCAACCAGGAAUAACUCCUCACGUCACAGAGCACAGCUUCGUUUCCACGAGCUCGUCCCAUCUCGACGCCUCGUCUCUAAGCCUCGACGACUCCCUCCUUGCACCAAUCGGUCACGCCCAAUCGCGACUCUCACACUCUGGCGAAAUGGACGACGACACACCGCUUUCGUCGCCGGCGUUCUCCGCCAACCUAUCAUUGGGAAUGGAGGAGGCAACGGGCGCUUCAGGCUCGAGCAUCAGCGGCAGCACGAGAAGUAGCAACGAAAAGGGCAAAGGAAAAGCACACGAAGCACCAAUAUUGCAGCGGCGCAACAACGUGACAAGCAGUACCUCAUCUUGGCCGAGGAACAUCAGCCUCCGUGUGAACACUGGCCUGCAACCGCCGCAAGGAGCUUCGCCCGCCUCCCACUCGCCAUGGAGUCAGAAUCGUGGGCCAUCGUCAGCGCCCUUGAUGCAGCUCUCGCGCUCAGCGGAUCACGCCAGCCAGGCUGCUUCCAGCGGCGACAGUAGAAGCUACGGAACGUCGCCUGGUCAGCACAGCGACGUGCAAGCACGAGCGCCCCCACCUCCCGGGCGUACACUAUACCGCAGCCGACCGAUCAGUAUGGACAAUCUUGCCACCGGUAGGAGCGCUCGAGGAGGUGGUCAGCCCCGCGUGAAGUACAAUGAGAUCACAGCUGCCCUGGACACAUUGCGCGCAUUUCUGCAGCAGAGAGAGAAGCAAGCAGCUCGCGAAGAGGGUCGCGAAGAGCGAAGAGAAUCGUGGAGUUCGGCAGGUCUGCCCUCGUCGUCAUCGUCAUCGUCGACAUCAUCGUCGCGUCGCCUGCGUCACAGCGUCGGUCGACUCCCACCACGAGGUUCAGUCCGAAUGGAAGGCUUUGCGCCGCCUUCGAACUCAUCAUCCCGGCCCCUCUCGCCUCAUGGGUACAUCGACGAAGCGGUCUCGAGGGCCAUGAAUCGCGAGGGGGCAGCACGUCAGCUUACAGGACGGGACUCGUCUGACGAGCUGACAUACUCUGCUCCUCGCUUGAGAACACAUCAAUCAUGGCAUCGCACGAGCCUUCCCGUCCUGAACAGCGGAACGAGUAGGGAGCAGGAGCGCCUCGAUGCGCUUCAGCAUCUCAGCGAAAGGGUUAAGGCUAUGCGGAGGCAAAGUCAGCGGGAGGAAGAGCAAGAGCGGCAGCGAUAUCAGCAGCAGCAUCACGAUGAUGAAGGCAUCGCGGAGGAGUGGCAAGAAUACCUCGAGACGGAUGAGAGUAACGAGAGGGUGUACCGUAGCGCAGCGUGGCGUGGCUCGUACGGCGGACAUGAAGCUCGAGACCGCUAGUUGGCAUCCUCUUCCCUCAACACCGUGGCCCAUCCCCGCGCUCCUGGCAUACCACCACAGUCUUUAUACCCUUGCACGCGGGUCACUCCUCGUGCACCUCGAGGUCGCAUCGAGCUACGCUCGUUAGCUCAGCAAAUGCAUCACUUGCUAAGAUAUAGAGCUUC